UUCAAAGCUAUGAUUUAUGACUUUAUGUUUUCUAAACUCUUGGAUGCUAAUAAUUUCUUACAAAAACCUAAAAAUUGCAUCUUAGGCUGUCAAUAUUAUUAUAUUUUGAAAUUGUAAUUAAUUGUUUGAUGUAGAUGAAAGGAAAGAAGAAAGUUUCAAGAGAUCAUUUGGCUCCACCAACUCAGCCACCGAUAAAACCAAAGGGGCCUAAUAAACAGUCUGUCAAACGGUACAUUCCCCCUGCAAAGACACAAUUAUUGUUUGGACUUUCAGAGAUUGUGAAGAAUUGGCCUGCUAAGAAAUCAAAGAGAUACUAUAUUAAACCGGAAGUGUUCGGAGGAGAAGGCCAAGAGUGUUGGAUCAGCGCUGACGAGGUGGAAGAUGUGUGCGAGCUCCAUAAGAUUGGAAAUACUGUUAUGUCUCUUUGGUGCAGUUAUUUGCAAGAACACACACUUAAUCUUGGUGGGUUGAGGAAUACAUAUGCAUUUAAUAAUCCUACUUCAGUAUCAACUGAAGCUGGUAAACUCAAACAACGUUCAGAGAAUCUAUGUCAGCGAAUGAUGGGUAUGCAACCUGAACAAUGGUUGAUAUGUCCGUGGAAUUCAGAUGAUCACUGGUUGACAAUUAUGAUUCAUGCCAAUACUCAAAGUGUUGCAUAUCUUGACUCGACGAAUGACUUUAUCCGAACUGAUAUUAUGAAAUGUAUCCAAAAUGCUGUGGACAUGUACAGGAUCGAAAAAAAUAUACGAAACAAGGGUCCAGUAAAAAUCAACCAAUACACGUGUCGACAGCAGCCGAAUGGAGUACAAUGUGGUUAUUAUGUUAUGAAGAUUAUCCAGAGUUUCAUGACGGUUGUUAAUCCUGCAAGUUUUUUGAAAAAUCAUUUCAAGUUAGACGCUCCCUAUAGUAACGAGGAGAUCAAUGUCGUACGGGAUGAGUUGGCCGAAUUUGUGAAGCCUUUGAUUAUAGAUUAAGUACUUAAGGUUACUACACUUUUGAUAUAAUACAUAAGUAACAAGUUUUAUGAUUAUUGCUAUCUUUUGCAUAUAUUAUUAGUUUAUAUUUAGUUUACGAUAUACAUGGAAUUUAAGUUUUAGAAUCGAUUUUAUUAACAAUUUUGGUAUUGUGUGAUUAGUUAAUAGAAUCGAUUACUAAUUUAAUUUAAGUUUUAAAAAUGUUAUUUUAAUAUUUUUUGUAUUAUGCAUUUACUAUUAUA